GCUGGAAGAUUCCAACCACAACUAACUACCCCGAACGUAAGCGUAGAAAGGACUUCGCGGAAGCAUAUUACAUGGAGGAUCGACGACGAUGCCGAUCACAUCGUCACCGAACCUCUUUAACAAACAGAUCUACAUCACUACUCAUGGAGUUGUUUUUUUGUUGUGGAGGUUCAUUUCGGGUACAUCCUUAGCAUAUCCUUGCAUAUUCGUAAUUGCAGACACUGGUUUUCCUUUUUAUAAUUGGUCCCUUUUACGAAGGAAGGCUGGACGGAAGGGAGGAGGGAGAGGAGAAGGAGGAGGAGGUGGGGAGGCGAAGGGUAAAUAUGAAUGAACAUUUUGUGGCGCCAUGCGUCUUGUCAUUUUCCAUUGCUAGCUAAAAGAGACUCCGCAUUGGUCUAUUUUUUUUGUUUAUUUAUUUAUUUUUUAUCGAGGCUCGUUGAUUUGCAGUUCUUCGCGAACGGUCUCUCUGGUUGUGCGCCGUGGUUGGAUUGCUGGAUCGUUUCGCAGCGUUGAUCUUGAGUCGAAGGUGCUGAAACGGAGCUGCAAUUGCUUGCGUUGCGUACCGGCUGGGGAUCUCUGUCGCUGUUUGUCUUCAUUGAGGGGAGGGGCUUGAAACUGCGUUCAGAGUGAGUGGAGUCAGAUUUUUGAGUGAGGAGCGGUGUCUUUGUGACUCGAUUUUUAAUCACUUUGUGGCCGUUACACGAAUAGCGUUGAUUGGGAGGAGAGCUGAAAUUCGGUUGGAUUGCGAAGUGGUUGGGGAAGCGCAUCACGAGGGUGAUAAAUUUGGUAGCCGUUUUGUAGCAAUAUCCUCAGGAGUCGUGAAGGGGUUGUAGGGUUGUGACGUUGUAGCUUUGGUUAGUGUGGACUAAGGUUACAAGUAUGUUGUGGUGAUAGAGCAGGUUUGAUUGGUAAGGAAGGGUUUGGAGAUUGGUUCUGUUGGUAAGGAGGGGAGAGAGAUUGAGUGCAAUCUGGAUUAGUACUGCUCUGCGCUCUUCGUGAACAACAGCCAUCCUCGGCUUCUAUUGCAACAGAUGUUCAAGUAUGUUGGGCUCAACAACAAGCUUCGAGUUCAACGGAAGAACGCAGUGUACAUUGAGAAUGCAAGUGAAAUCCCAUUCUUAGCAUGUGCAUUGGAAAUUACUAGAGUAUUUCGCUAACGCCCUGAUUGAAUUAUCAAUCUUCUGUCCGGCUUAGACUCGCGGUCUCUCUCUCGCUCUAUCUCCUCUCAGUUAUCUCCUCCACAGCGAUACUGUGUUGUUUCUGCUAGAAAGUGCGAUAAAUAUCAAUCAGUGAAACACGACAUCGGGGAAGUACUUUGCGAUCACAAAUUGAAAGGGCUCCUACCAGUACGAUGAAGUUCGGAAAGAGAUUACAGAGUCAGAUAGAGGAGACUAUGCCCGAGUGGAGACCACAUUUCAUUGCGUACAAGAAGCUCAAGAAAAGCUUGAAAAAACUUCAAGGUUCUACCUGCUUCUCUGAAGCCACUAUUGAUCAAAGGGGAAACCAGUCCUUGGUAGGCGGUGAUAAAAAUGCGCCUUCAAUCGUUGAUGCGGUCGAUAAAGAAUUGCGCAGAGCAAGUGUAGCUGGUGGUCCUGCUUCAGUCCAAGAAUUAUUCCUCUACAAACUGCCUGAGGACGACGUUAGGUUUUCUGGAGGUGGUUUGGUGGAGGAGAAAAAAUCCUCCGAAGACGCUGUUUCAUCGGAAUCGGCUGCGUCAAGUGUAGAGCAGGUAUCGCAGAAUGGUGUUCUUGCAGUUACGGGCGAGGCGGAAACAACCUGCGAGGAAGUACAUACCGAAAGGAGAUCGAAACGAGCAAAGCUUGAUGAUGGAGGCUAUGUGAUGUCUGGUGCAGAAUCGGAUUUUGUGAGUCUACUCAAUAAUGAAUUGAACAAAAUGAACGUCUUUUUCAUAGAAAAGGAAGAGGAGUAUGUCAUUCGACUACAGGAAAUUAAAUACAGAACUGAGAGAAUGAAGAAGGAGCAAGCGGGUAAUGACAGAAGUGCCAACGAAUGCGGUGGAGAUGAGGAGCUCCUGAAGAUUUUGCGGGAUAUUGUGACAUUCCAUGGGGAGAUGGUCCUCUUGGAAAACUACAGCUCGCUGAACUACACAGGACUUGUGAAGAUUUUGAAAAAGCACGAUAAAGUGACGGGCACUGUUCUCAGAUUGCCUUUCAUUCAGGGUGUGUUGCUUCAGCCGUUCUUCACGACAGAACUGCUCUCGAAGCUGGUGCGAGAGUGUGAGGACAACUUGCACUCACUUUUCCCAGUUUCGCCAUUGGAGUCCGUUUGUCGUCAACUGCAGCAGGACACUUCCGCACAAUCCUUUUCUGCAAAUAUGAAUAAUGGCCAAGGCCUCCCUUUCACCCCUGGAGAAGCUGAGGAGACGAUCUACAGGAGCACAGUGGUGGCAUUGAGAACCAUGAAAGAGAUACGGUUGAGUUCGACACGGAGCAUGUUCUCUUUACCCCCCAUGAACCGAGUCGACUGCGAAAACAUGUUUGGGGUCAUGAUCGACGAACGAGCGGUCACUCCAGUUGCUGUGGCCCUUUAGAGGACCGGCACACACAGUUAAAAAUUCGAGGGUUUCAAGAACUCUCAUUCCUAAAGAUUUUAGUUCUGACAUUUUAUGGGAUGUGCACAUUGAAUCUUGUAGCUAGUUUUCCAGGUUGUAAAGGUCUUAAAUGUGUUAAUAUUCUAAUAUAUUUGUCGAAUAUCACCUCAGUGACAGUGGAUUUUAUCUUGUUUGAUACUAACCCUCCCCACUGGCGAGGACAUCAUUGCAGAACAAGAUUGCGAAUAUUAGAGUUCUGUGUCCGAUUGGUUUGCUUUUUAGAUCGGCUACAUCUGUGAACCAAGUGAUAGUAUCAAACUUGAAUCUAUUCCAACCUUAGGAACUCCAAAUUCUUUUGCCCAUUGAUCCUCCAAAUCAAUGAGCUUGAA